AAAAUCAUCACACUACUAUAGUAAAUGGUGGGCGUGUCCAUAAACAGAAAAGAAGAAAAAACAACUAUAAAUUUUUAACCAUGUUGUUGAUGUUUGAAGAUCAUCACAAGGAGCACCUAUCCUUUCUAACAAAUACUGACAUUGAUGUGGUAAAAGAAUUUUGUAGAAUUAGUAUGGAUUUCAUCAGGAAAGGGGCAAACCCAAAGGUUUAUCUAGGAGCUGCCCAAAAAUUAAAAGUUGAAUCAGAAACUGUUCAGCAUGGGGUUGAAGGUUUGAUGUAUUUGUUAACAGAGAGUUCUAAAUUAAUGUUAAAUGAGAUAGAUUUCCAGGAUUCUAUUUUAACAUUAGGAUUUUCAGAAGAGAUGAGACAGACGUUGUUACAAUUAUAUCUACAAAAUAGAAAAGAAAUUAGGACCAUAUUAUCAGAGAUGUCUAUGGACUUGCCACAUUAUCAUAACUUAGAAUGGAGGUUUGAUGUUCAGCUCGGCAGUAGAUCUUUAAGAAGACAGACAACACCAAGAGUAUUAUUUAAACUUCACACAGAAGAGUCAGGACUAAGAGAAACGACUGUUUUACAAACAGAUCCUGUAAAUCUAGUGCAUAUGACAAAAGUUUUAGAUGAAGCUUUACAAGAAAUUAAAUCAUCUUACUGCAGAAGAAUUCUAAGAAACAUAAAAUGAUGGAUUACUUAGGCAAAAAAUAAUUUUCCUUACAGUAGAGAAAACAUUAACCACAAAUAUAAUGUGCAAUAUAGGGAUUCUGUUUUAUCUCAGAUAUUCAGUAAGCACUUUUCAUAACAAAAAGCAAAUUUAUAUUGAUAACUGAUACAAAAUUAAAGUUUAAUGUUUUAGAUUGUUAUUUAUUUUCAUUUUUAUAUUAAAAAACAGGUUUUCAUUAAA